AUGUGGUACCAAGGUUCCAAGCACUCCUGCGAGACGAGCUCGUCUCACUUUUCACAACUGCUCGUGCAUGCCAAGACCCAGCAGUUGACCAACGUGCGAGCCUUCUGUGUGGAAGUGGAGGCGAACCCCAAGCUUUUCGAAGAUUGGAUCGACCUUCGCCGUGCCCAUCGCUUUGGGCGGACGACACGAGGACGGGUGGAGGUGGAUGGAAGCCCGAUGAGUGAGCUUCAGUCUUCCACCGACUGCCACUUUUGGAAAAGGACCCCUUCGAAGCCCUUAGCGCGUAUGGUGGUGAGCUUGUAG